CUCGCCAGUGAAAAGUGGUGGCGUCGUUUAAGUAGGUAUUGUUUGGGCAGCCGCAAGUGCUGGUUGAUGUGGCUGAGAUGCAUCUAGUUUAACAUGGAAGCAUAUAAAAGGAAGAUCUACCACUUUGGGUUUCUUAAAAAUAACUAAAUGCUUCAUUAAUUUUACCCAGCUCUUGGAACACAGGAACAUCUUCACAACUGCUUUAGUAGAAAAUGUUACGGGUCAAGAAUGGACUUCAGCGUCAUUGGCCCUUACAUUGCAGGAGAGAAGCAAGUGUUCCUGCCGUUAGACCGAGUUGGCGUUUGCUGCAUCAGCAUGUACUCCAUCCUGAAUGGGCUGCGAUGGCUAAAAAGCAGCUAAAGGGCAAAAGCCCUGAAGAGUUGAUAUGGCACACUCCAGAGGGAAUUGCCAUCAAACCACUGUAUUCUACAAGUGACACAGCAGGCUUUCCUGAAGAAUUACCUGGAGUAAAGCCCUUCACUAGAGGUCCUUAUCCUACCAUGUAUACAUACAGGCCUUGGACCAUCCGCCAAUAUGCUGGCUUCAGUACCGUGGAGGAAAGCAACAAGUUUUAUAAAGAUAACAUCAAGGCUGGUCAGCAGGGUUUAUCCGUCGCAUUUGAUUUAGCAACUCAUCGUGGUUAUGACUCGGAUAAUCCUCGAGUUCGGGGUGAUGUUGGAAUGGCUGGAGUUGCCAUUGACACAGUAGAAGAUACUAAAAUUCUUUUUGAUGGAAUUCCCUUGGAGAAAAUGUCUGUUUCAAUGACAAUGAAUGGGGCGGUAAUUCCUAUCCUAGCUACAUUCAUUGUUACUGGGGAAGAACAAGGAGUGCCUCAAUCCAAGCUGACAGGGACAAUACAAAAUGAUAUACUGAAAGAAUUCAUGGUUCGAAAUACGUACAUUUUCCCACCAGAACCAUCAAUGCAAAUAAUUGCUGACAUCUUCCAAUAUACAUCAAAGCACAUGCCAAAAUUUAAUUCUAUUUCUAUCAGUGGAUACCAUAUGCAAGAGGCUGGAGCUGAUGCUAUUUUGGAGUUAGCAUAUACAAUAGCUGAUGGUUUGGAGUACUGUAGAACUGGACUUAAAGCUGGUCUUACCAUUGAUGAAUUUGCACCAAGGCUUUCUUUCUUCUGGGGAAUUGGUAUGAACUUCUAUAUGGAAAUAGCUAAAUUAAGAGCUGGGAGACGGCUUUGGGCUCACUUAAUAGAGAAAAUGUUUCAGCCCAAGGACACCAAAUCACUUCUCCUUCGAGCUCAUUGUCAGACUUCAGGAUGGUCUCUAACUGAGCAGGAUCCUUACAAUAACAUUAUCCGCACCACAAUUGAAGCAAUGGCAGCUGUGUUUGCUGGUACCCAGUCCUUGCAUACAAAUUCAUUUGAUGAAGCUUUAGGACUGCCAACUGUGAAAAGUGCACGAAUUGCAAGGAAUACACAGAUAAUAAUACAAGAAGAAUCUGGCAUACCCAAAGUUGCUGAUCCAUGGGGUGGUUCAUUUCUAAUGGAAUCUCUUACCAAUGAUGUUUAUGAAGCCGCUUUAAAGCUCAUCAAUGAGAUUGAGGAAAUGGGUGGAAUGGCCAAAGCUGUAGCUGAAGGAAUACCAAAACUUCACAUUGAAGAAUGUGCUGCUCGAAGACAAGCCAGGAUUGAUUCUGGUUCAGAAGUAAUUGUUGGAGUAAACAAAUACCAGUUAGAAAAAGAAGAGACUGUUGAAGUUUUGGCAAUUGAUAAUACAUCGGUCCGUAACAAACAGAUUGAGAAGCUGAUAAAGGUGAAAGCUUGCAGAGAUGAAGUAGCAGCCCAGAAGUGUCUCACUGCUUUAACUGAAUGUGCAGCUACAAGACAAGGUAACUUGCUAGCCCUGGCAGUAGAAGCUGCACGCACAAGAUGUACAGUUGGUGAAAUAACAGAUGCAAUGAAAAAGGUAUUUGGUGAGCAUAGAGCCAGUGAUCGCAUGGUGAGUGGCGCAUAUCGUCAGGAAUUUGGGGAGAGUGAUGAGAUUACUCAAGCCAUCAGCAGAGUUAAUAAGUUUCUGGAACGGGAAGGUCGUAGACCACGUCUUUUGGUUGCUAAAAUGGGCCAGGAUGGCCAUGAUAGAGGAGCCAAAGUAAUUGCUACAGGAUUUGCUGACCUUGGUUUUGAUGUAGAUAUAGGUCCACUAUUCCAGACACCCCUUGAAGUGGCCCAGCAAGCUGUAGAUGCUGAUGUGCACUGUGUAGGGGUGAGCACACUAGCUGCCGGUCACAAAACUCUUGUUCCUGAACUUAUCAAACAGCUAAACAGCCUUGGACGUCCUGAUAUUCUUGUCAUGUGUGGAGGUGUCAUCCCUCCUCAGGAUUAUGACUACCUGUAUGACUCUGGCGUUUCCAAUAUAUUUGGCCCAGGAACCCGAAUACCUAAAGCAGCUGUCCAGGUUCUUGAUGAUAUUGAAAAAUGUCUGGAUAAGAGGCAGCAAUCACUAUAAACCGUUAUCACUGAAUAUUUCAUUCUGCACAUUAUAUACCUGUACAUAUUUAUUAUAUGAAUGUGAUAUGAUCAAUUGCAAGGAAAAUAAUCAAUUUAAAUCAGCUUCAAUGCCUGAUGUUUUGUUGUGCUUUCUAAGAAAGUAGAAAAUGCAUGUGGGGUUAAACAUGAGAAAAAUUUUUAUGAAUGGGUAUGUAUGAAAAUUGAUCAAUAAAAUCAAAAUGGCACAAUAAAAAUUCAAUUGAAUGUUUAAAUAGCUAUUGCAUAGAAGUUAUUUCAGAUAUAUAUUCUAGCAGCUUUAUUUUACAAUCCAAGCAUUUAAAUAAAUUGUAAAAUAAAGUUGCUAGAAUUGAGUAGAGAGGCAAUAUCUCAAAUGUAUUCAAAUUUAGCUGUUAAACUUUUGGCACAAAUAUGUCAUUGGGAUAGUUUAUACAAUGGAAACUUUAUUGAUGUAACGAGCAAUAUGCACAGAAUUAAAUAUUCAUGUGGAUGUUAGUCCUUACAUGUUAAUGAGACACCCCCUCAUAGAUACAUUGUUUUAAAAAAUUGUUAAUGUUUUAAUUGUAUAUUUUUUGACUUGUAAGCCACCCAGAGUUAUUGAGAUGGGCAGCAAUAGAGAACGAAUGAAAUGAAAGAAUGAGCUACAAUACCACAAUCUGUAAGAAACCAAUUACUAGAAGUCUUCAGGAGUUCUUCAACACAGAAGAGAUAUAUCACUUAACACAAGUUAUAAUAAUACAAUUUUUAAAAUCAUGAUUUAUUGAAUAGAUCUCAGUUGUCGUAGCUUUACAAUAAAUUAUUUCAUGAAUAUUGGCUUAAUAAAGCUCUGAGCAAA